UAUGCACAUUAAGCUUAUAAUGUCAAGAUAUCAUCAUGUAGUGACGGAUUUGGUAAGAAAAACGGGAAGGGGAAGGAGAAGUUAAGCAUUGCAUCAUAUACAUGUCAGCACGGAAGACAAGAAAAAAGUCUGUUUUUAAGGGUUUAAUUUAGUCAAAAGUGUCAUUAAUCCUCAUCAUGUGGAGCUUUCUUCUUCUCUGGUCCUGCAUGCAUAUCGCUGUUGUUGUUGCUCAUACUCCAAUUUUUGGACACAGAGGAGAGCGGCUUCACAUCAGAUGCCCCUAUAAAUCUGGAUAUGAAUCAAAUCCAAAGUAUUUUUGUAAAGGCGAGUGUAAGUUUGGAAAUAAAAACAUUGUGGUUAAAUCAGGAUCUCCAGCUAAAGAAGAGAGAUUCUCUCUGACUGACGACAAGAGGAGCAGAGUUUUUACCGUCAGCAUCACUGACCUGAGAACAACUGAUCAAGGACAAUACUGGUGUGGAGUGAAGAGGAUUUUAACUACUGAUGUCUACACAGAGAUUUUGUUGCUGGUAAAACAGGAUGAGAGGUUGACUGAAUUUCCAACCAUCAGUCUGUUUUUAAUAACCAGCACACGUGGUUCAUCAGCUCCUCUGACUCCUCAAACCCUGUUAGCACAGACAUCUGCACCUAACUCAGAUUCAUUUGUCAUCAUCAUCAUCACUGCAGGAGGUUUGGUCUUGCUCCUGAUCUCUGCUGUAUUGCUUGUUGUGGCAGUACGAAAGAAAAAGCAGACUUGUGGUCUGGUUUCCUUCUUUACUGAAGAGCUUCAUGUGAUGACAAGAAAAGCAGAAGAAAAUGCUUACGGGAAAGGAAACCCAGCUGUGGUCUCACACUCACACACAGCUCAAAGUGAUGACGGUUCUGCUGCAAACGUGUUUCACAGACCUGCAAACACAGAAACAGUCGACACAGACCUCGACUACAUGAAUGUUGCUGCUGCAGUGAGAAACGGUGUGGAUCCAGAUCAGAUCUACACAGAACUGAACGCCAGCAGACAGAGUGACGUUUAUCAGAGUCUCAGAACUGAUUCUGUUCAAGAAGAGUCCAUCUAUCACAGUAUUGAUCAAACACCUGAACACUGAAGCCUCACAAACAAUCAAACAGUGGUACCAGUAGUCUUAAAUAAUCUCGUAGGUCUAAUGCAUGUUAAAGUGUGUAAAUAUGAUCAAUUUAUUUGUCUUAAACUCAAGCUAAACAUGCUGUAAAGAUCAUACCUGUAUUGUUCUGAAUAUAAGACAGUGUUUCUUACUUUUUUUUUUUCUUGUAAAUACAUCUGAAAUAAAAUGAGGUCAUCUUAAA